UUUUUCUUUAAAUAAACCACCCUUUUAAGAAAUUUCAGAAAGGACCCCAAAAAAAAUCGCCACCGGAUCGAACAAGUGUUCUUCACCGAAGAAUCGAAGGGAGAUUUGUAAGAGAAAAUGGCGUCGGAUGAAGUGAUGGCUUGCCACAGCCUUGAGGAGUGGACGAUGAUCCUCGAAUCGGCUAACGAUGCCAAAAAAUUGGUAGUGAUUGACUUCACGGCAACAUGGUGCCCGCCAUGCCGUAUGAUUGCACCGGUCUUUGCGGAUCUGGCCAAGAAGAACCCCCAUGUCGUGUUCUUGAAGGUUGAUGUCGACGAGUUGCAGCCUGUGGCUCAGAAUUUCAACGUGGAGGCGAUGCCGACGUUUGUGUUCAUGAAAGACGGGGAUGUAGUAGACAGGGUGGUCGGUGCUGAUAAAGCCAUGCUCGAGCAGACACUGAACAAGCACGCCUCUCUUACCUCUGCGGCUUGAGAGACAGAAAACUUAGUUUUCUUGUCUUUCCUAUGUCUGUUUAUGUUUGCGUCUUUUGUAAUAAAACCUUGUAAACUCAUCUAAUAUGCUUCUUCUGAAACAUAUAUGCUUCUUCAUGAUUUGAUGUUCUA